AUGCCACGCAAGCAACUAUCUCUCCAGAAACUUUUUCAUAGGGGUUUCCACGGCGGUCUUCGUUGGCAGACACAGGCUAAGGAUGUUUACGAUGAACGGUUGGGACGCGAAGUAAAGAAGCACCGCUUCCUCCUUCAUCAUCCGCACUCCAUCCAUCUCGCCAAGGUAUUGGCGAGGGAGCUCAAGACGACCAACCCGACCGUCGUCAGCCUGGCUCUUUCGCAUGUUUACGAAUUUGCCGCCGAAAAAGUCGAAUUCUGCGCCGAGUUGGAGCCGCAGGAAUUCUUCGCUCGGGCGAAGAAUUCCUUUCCCUGGUCGAGCAAGAUCAACGACCUAGCAUUUUGGGCGUUCACCUACAAGGCGUUCCACGCCCGCGCCAUCUUCCUGAACGUGAUUCUGCGCCCAGACGAAGAGCCCCCCGUCGGGCAGCCCCUGUCCCAGGCCCUCGACCGAUUCCUGGACGCGUUCUUGCUGCGAUACCCCAUCGACCAAGCCGAUGUACUCGAAGAGGGCGACAAGAUCUGCCAAGAGAAUAUCGAGCUAGCAGAGGAAGUGGUUAACGUCAACAAGCCCCUAUACAACAAGUACUUCCCAUACCACCUAACCCAUCACGAGGGUCAGGGUGACGGGACAGACAAACUCGUACUCGAUACCGAAGAGAUCCGGAGAGACGCGUGGGAAACUGGCGCCGCCAUCGCGGACCGCUUCAAAGAAAUAGCCCUGUCAAAGGUCCCGGACGAAGAGCUCUUUUUCUACGACACGGAAUGCCGAAACAGCCACCGUGACGCUUUUCUGGACGAGAUCGUUCGCGAGCGAAGCGGACAUUCGAAUAGCCGGGACUCUACAGAGGGGAUGGGAGUCGUGCGAAAGUAUGACUCCUUCAAGGAAUACAGAGAGCCGGCCCCUGAGGAAGGAGAGGAGGAAGGAGAGAAGGAUGUUGCCCUACCUGAAGGACAGCAGGGUGACGAGGAUAAUGACGAUGUGAUGAGAGAGGCAGACAUGGAUGACGAGCUGCCUGAGUCCAAGAGGCUCAAGAAGCUGAAAUUGGAGUAA